AUGGUAUGUCUAAUCACAGUUUUAGUAAUAUUUUUAAUAUAUACAACAUUAUUCAUCUGGUCAAAACAUCAGGACAAAAAAGAUGUAUCAAGGGGUGAAAUUAUAAUUCUACAUGACAACUAUCCCGGAGAAGAUGAAGUUUAUUUAGUAACGGUUUAUACGGGAGACUUUGCUGAUGCCGGAACUACGGCUAACGUAUGCUUUCAAUUGCACGGAAAUAUUAGUAGCAGUAGAGUCCAUUGGUUAUACAAUUCAAACUGUGACGUUUUACAACGUUUCAAUGAUGAUUGGUUUAUCGUCUUUACACCAAAAAGUCUUGGGGAAUUCAAGUCUAUUCAUAUAUGGCAUGAUAAUUAUGGAAACAAUCCUAACUGGUAUUGCAAACGCAUCGAAGUUACUGAUGUACGGAAAAGGAAAAAGUGGAAUUUUAAUGUGGAAAGAUGGUUUACGAUUUUAAACUCAAUUGAAAAUAUUGAGCACUCUAUUUUCAUAGAAGCAACUAAUAAUUGGCAUAUAAAAGCUAUAGAUGAUGUUAGAUUAACUAUACGUGAAGAAUAUCUAUGGGCAAGUGUAUUUAUACGUCAUCCAAGAUCUUUAAUAACACGGUGUCAAAAAUUGAGCAGAAUAAUAUGUUUACUAUUUAGUGCGAUGGUAAUAAGUAUAUUAUUUUAUGAUUUUGUAGACGAUGAUGAAGAACAUUUUUUGAAAUUUGAAAUAACACUUGCUCAAAUUUAUAUUUCUAUACAAGGCAGUUUAAUACACUUAUUAAUGACAUUUAGCACUACUUAUUGUUUUAAUAAAGGUUCUAACUUCGAAAAAUAUAUUACUGUUCAAGAAGUGAAAAUGAAUUUUGAGAUAAAAAAACCUUGGUGGAGAAAAUUAUUGGCCAAAAUUGUUCCGAAAGAAGUAAUUUAUUUGCCUGCUCAAAUGGAAGAAAAAAAUAAUAAAAACACUGGGAUAAAUUAUUGGCUCUUAGCUGGAUGGACAUUAUGUUUACUUAUCUAUGGUUUAUCAACUUUUUUAAUCAUUACCUUUGGAUUGAAAUUAGGACAAGUAAAAAGCUUACACUGGUUAAUGGCAUUACUAAUAACGGUUCUACAAAAUGCAUUAAUAUCUGAACCUUUACAAAUAAUAAUAUGUAGUUAUAUCAUAUUUAAACUUAAUCAAGGACAGCAUCAUAUAUUAUUAAACAACUAUACAAUUAAUUUGGAUAAUUUCCGUGAAAAUACUAAGAAUCGAUUACAGAAUAUUCAAUUUGUACAAAAUAUACGAGAGCGUAGAAAAAGAUAUGUAUAUAGUCCAAUGACACGAAAAUCUGCUCAAAUUUUACAAGCUAAAUAUAAAGAUAAAUUGCGACAUGCAAGUUUUCAAGAAAAUGUUGCUACAUGUAUACUAUUAAUAUUAAUAUCAUUAUUUUGUAUUAGUGCAUUAUAUUCAUUUAGCAACCCCAAACAUAUUAUACAUGCCAAUAAAAUUAACAAACUAUUUCUCAAAAGCAUAUUACAAACAAAUAUAAUGGAUUUAGAAAUGAUGAAAGCAUUUUUAACUGGAUCAUUUUUAAAUCCUUUUCAUAUCAGAGAAUACUAUAAUGGAAUACCAAUAGUCAAUAAGUCAAUGCCAUAUUUAAGCGAAGAUAAUAUAAGAGGUUGGUGUAGUUUUUAUAACAGUAAAUUAGUGAAUGGUGGUAUCAGAUUAAAACAAAAUAGAAUCACAGAAAAAAACUCAAGAUGGGAAAGUGAUACAGGCAGUUAUAAAGAAGGAUGGAUAAAAAUUACCAAUGUUGAAAAGGUUACAGCUUGGAUAUAUAGAUCUAUACCCGUAAUUAAAUAUUUUGGACUAUGGUUUCCUGAUACCCAAAACUCUGGAUUUAUAUUAGAUCUAACUGGACAACUAUCAGAUUAUAAAAAGAAAAUAAACACUCACUUAGAAAAUGGAUGGUUGGAUAAUAAAACGAGAAUUCUAAUAAUAGAGUUUCAUACUUACACGCCCAGCAUAGAUUGUAUUACAGUGUUCAAAAUAAAAUUCCAAACUUUAUCAGGACUAUUAUAUACAAUACAUAGUGAGGUGUGGACGGUGCCUUCAAGUUCAGCGAUCGUUACAUGGAAUACGUACGUAUUCACGCUGGUGUUCAUGUUAGCGUACGCGUUGACGGCCGUACGACUGAUGGUGUCGUUGAAACACAUGGUGUCCACAAUGUACGACCACGGCGGCGGCGCGUACCGGCUGCUGUGCGCAGCGUACGAGUGCGCGGUGCUGGUGGUCGUCAUGUGCGUGGUGUUCGCAGUGACCGGUCGCUGGAAACUGAUGGAGUUAGCGCACGAGCAGUACGCGUCGGCCCGAGAGAUAGCAGUCGUCAGCAGCAUGACAUACAUGUGUCAGGCCCACGAACACGUAGCCGCGCUGGCGUCCGUCACCGUGGCCAUGGGCCUGUUCCGCACGUUCCAGCUGAUCAUGUACCAGACACGGGUGUCGCACGUGGCGCGGGCGCUGGGCGCGUCUGUGAGACCCACGGCCGCUGUGGCCGCCUACAGUCUGAUCGUCACGUACGGCGCCUGGUCCAGCGUGACCGGCGGCGACGGCUCUGGGUUCUUCAACGCGUUCGUUUUGGCCCGGGCAGGCGGGCGGGACGACCCGUUGCGGACACCAUUGAUGGCCACAGCUGCCUCGGCCGCGGUGUUCUUGCUCUUGAACGCCGCCGUCGUGUCGAUCAUCACCAAACGCUACGUCCUGUCGAAACUUUACACGCGGCAAUGA